AUGGAGGUGGAAACAGCAAUUCCCCAAUACCCAGCAUAUAAGGUGCCUUCUGCAUUGGAUGGGAAGGUUUCACUGCUGGAGGCAGACUCUUCUCCUCCCCUUCACGUUGGUAACUCAUCCCUGCUUCUAAUAGACUUAUCUGUUCCCUCCGUGAUUAACCGAUCCAAGAAUGGAACUCAGGAUAACACCCCCCUGGAUAAAUCGUUGUCCCUUCAUUCCUCCAUGCCGGACUUGGAAUCAACAUACAUCGAAGACCAUCCACGACCUGAGACGACAGUGGCCACUCCAAGUCAGGCUUUUCCAGCGCACUCUUGUCCACCAAAAAUCCAACAAGUACGUGAGGAAGACACUACAGUGUCGAGAGUCACCACAGAGUGGACUGAAGACCCAGCAGGACAUAUAAAUCAAAUGAUCACAAGUGUAUCGGUUAGAUCCCCAAAGAGGACGGCUCCAGCGGACUUGGCAGGAGCCUCUUCAGAGCCUAGUUGGGCCCGACAGCUAAAAACGCCAAAUAUUAUCCCUACCCACCAGGAUGCUAACUCUCUUCUGCCCCCCAAAAAUUCUGGCCCUCGUGAGUCGAUCAUGCCACAACCGGCUCGCACUAGAGCAAAAGACUCCCCACAACCGGUGCGCACCAGAGCAAAAGACUCACCACACCAGGACGACAACUUUCAGCAAAGGAAAAUAACGGACUUCUUUAAGGGAGCGUCCUGGUCGCAUAAGAGCCCCCCACAAGAAUUUAAAUGA